AGUUCCAGGGCUGCCACCCGCGCGAACAGGUGGUCGCCGCCCCUCACGCUACUGCGCCUCUGAGCGGCUAGCGACGUUUCUUUUCUUUCUCUCUGGCCCCGCGUCGAGCGACCUGGGAGUGGUGUGUGCGACAAGUCCAGUUAUUUAUGUGCAUCAGCCUUGCAUCGCAUCCCCGUUCGUACUGCAUUUUUUUUUAAGCAGGCAGUUAGUUUACUUUCUCCGGUUUUACGUUUUAUUUUUUACUUAACGCGUAUGUGUUUUUGUUUUGAUCCAAGUAGUAAUUAUUUUUUUUUAUCUUUAGAUGUAGAUGAUAGGAGUGUGUAGUGUUUCCAUAGUUAAUCUUGGUAUUCCCGAUUUUGUGUUCUAAAUGGUAUAGACAGAGGUGAUGAGAAUACUCAGGCAUGCUUAAAGAAAAUUGUACAUUUAUUAAUUAGUCCCUCAGCAGUUCUUGUUAAUAAUGUAGUCUAGUUUGGAUUGAGUACGUUCAUAACUGUAGUAGAUAGUGAAAGAAAAAAAAAGACUUGUUGCAUUUUCGAGUAGGUACCUUACCAUGUGUACACUGAGAAGGGGAACGACAAUUGUCUUGGUACAUCUCAGACAGUAUUAAAAAAAAAAAAAAAACACGCCAGCAACUUGUUGGAUGUAUGAGUGGUUGUGAAUUCCGGCCCAACAAUGCCGCAGCAGUCCCCAGUGAACGAGGACUCCAUUCGAUUGGAAACUCUGGGCAAGUUGACACAGAACGGCGGUUUGGCGGGCUCAGGUGACAGUCAGACCGCAAUCAACAAGAGGUCUUUGUACGAGCACAAUGGAGUGGCAGUUUGCUCGCAGAAAAGAGCACUGUGCAUUGCCACCAUUGUGUUUGCCACUUUAUUUGCCGUCUCACUGAUCAUCGCCUAUGCCGGACCCCAGAAUGCCUGCCCGUGCGCCGGGGAGAAGUUGGCCGGCCUGGCGAGCGAGGCGGUCUCCAACUCCUCCGCCCCGUUUGUGCCCAUCGCCACCAACAACGAGGUGUUCCCGUGGAACAGCGUCAGGCUCCCGACGUUCGUGCGGCCAACCCGGUACAACAUCACCAUCCACCCCAACCUCACCACUCUCGACGUCAAAGGUCAAGUCACAAUCGAGUUUCAAGUCGACAAAGAAACCAACUUCAUCGUCUUCCACAGCAAAAACUUGACAAUAGUGAACAAGGCCGUGCACAACGGGAAGGGGCACGCCCUCCCCGUCACCAGGUUCCUGGAGUACACCGGGGCCCAGCAGGUGUACCUGGAGGUGAAGGACAAGUUCCGCCGGCGGGGGAACUACACCCUCUACAUACGCUUCAACAGCCGCCUGUCCCGGGAGCUGGAGGGCUUCUACCUCAGCAGCUACGUCAACGAGGACGGCGAGACGAGGUACCUGGCCACGACGCACUUCGAGCCGACCUACGCCCGGUCUGCGUUCCCCUGCUUCGACGAGCCGCAGUUCAAGGCGCGCUUCAAGAUGUCCAUAUUCCGGGACCGCUUCCACAUCGCCCUCUUCAACAUGCCCAUCAUGAGCACAGAGGACGCCGGCUUCUACAUGGGCACGGGGCUGCUGAGGGACGACUUCGAGGAGUCCCUGGAGAUGAGCACCUACCUGGUGGCCUUCGUGGUGUGCGACUACAAGCGCAUCAGCGACCUGACGGAGAGCAAGGUGUCGGUGUCCGUGUACGCCCCGCGGGUCAUGAUCUCGCAGGCGGAGUUCGCGCUGGCCACCGCCGUCAGCGUCAUGGACUACUACGAGGACUUCUUCGGCAUCCCCUACCCGCUGCCCAAGCAAGACCUGAUCGCCAUCCCGGACUUCGCGGCCGGCGCCAUGGAGAACUGGGGGCUGAUCACGUACCGGGAGACGUCCAUCAUGUACGACAGGAACGAGACGUCGGCCGCGGGCCACCAGUGGGUCGCCAUCGUCGUCGCCCACGAGCUGGCCCACCAGUGGUUCGGCAACCUGGUGACCAUGAAGUGGUGGAACGACCUGUGGCUGAACGAGGGCUUCGCCAGCUUCCUGGAGUACCUGGGCGUGGACCACGUGAGGGGCAGCUGGCGGAUGAUGGAGCAGUUCAUCCUGGACAAGACGCAGCCGGCGCUGGGGCUGGACGCGCUCGCCAACAGCCACCCCAUCUCCGUGGAGGUCCACGACCCCGCGGAGAUAGAGGCCAUCUUCGACACCAUCUCCUACAACAAGGGAGCAGCGAUACUCUACAUGCUGGAGAAGUUCCUUCAGCUGGACGUCCUGAAGAACGGCCUGAAGGACUACCUGAACGCACACAAGUACGGCAACGCGGAGACCAAGGACCUGUGGAACGCGUUCAGCAAGCACGCCAACCAGUCUGUGGAAGUCAAGGCGGUGAUGGACACGUGGACGCGGCAGAUGGGCUUCCCGCUGGUCACGGUGAACCGGGCGGGCGGCUCCGUGAACGCCACCCAGCGCAGGUUCCUGCUGACGGGCGACGUGAGCGACGCCUCCGACGACGACGCGGACCCCUCCGCCGAGUCCCCCUACGGCUACAAGUGGUACGUGCCGCUCAGCUACUACACCAGCGAGUGCCCCGACGAGGUCCACCACGUCUGGAUGAACAUGAGCGACGUGAGGUUCGAAGUGAACGAGACGGUGGAGUGGAUCAAGGUGAACGUGAACCAGUCCGGGUUCUACCGCGUCAUGUACGACGAGGAGAUGUGGACGGCCAUCAUCCUCGCCAUGAGGCAGAACCACUUGAUAUUCAGCGCGGCCGACAGAGCGAGCCUGAUCGACGACGCCUUCACGCUGUCCAGGGCCGGGCUCCUGAACGUCACCAUCCCGCUGGAGCUGUCUCUGUACCUGGCGCGGGAGCGGGACUACGUUCCCUGGGCCACGGCCCUGGAGCACCUCCAGUCCUGGAGCCGGCUGCUGGCCGAGUCGCCCCCCUACAAGCUGUUCCAGGACCACCUGCGCUUCCUGCUGCGGGCGGUGGCUCGCGACGUGGGCUGGGCCGACGCCGGCCCCCACCUCCGGAAGCUGCUCAGAUCGGAAAUCCUGACGUCCGCAGUGCUGUGCAACAUCAACGAGACUGUGAAAGAAGCCAAAGGCAGGUUCCAGAGGUGGAUGGAAAAUGGUGAAAGGAUACCUCCAAAUCUUAGGGAAGUGAUCUACAUUGCAGGUAUCAAGUACGGCGGUGACCGGGAGUGGCAGUACUGCUGGUCCAAGUACAACUCGACGGUCGUCCCCAGCGAGAGGAAGCUGCUGCUGAGGGCUCUCGGGGUUGCGUCCGACCCCUGGAUCCUGCAGAGGUACCUGAAGACGACGUUGGACCGGGACCUGGUGAAGCCGCAGGACGUGAAGACGGUGCUGGCGAUGGUGGCCGCCAACCCUGAGGGACAGCUGCUGGCCUGGCGCCACCUGCGCGCCCACUGGCACCACGUGAACUCCGUGUUCGGCAACGGCACCUUCGCCACGGGCGGGCUCAUCGCCGCCGUCACCUCCCACUUCUCCACCGAGUACGACUACCAGGAGGUGUCACUGUUCUUCCGGAACAUGAACGUGGGGUCGGGCAGCCGCGCCCUGCGGCAGAGCCUCGAGACCAUUCGACUGAACAUCCACUGGGUGGGGCAGAAUGAGGAGGCCAUCUACGCCUGGCUCAGCCACCACCCGGCCAGGUAAUGAGUCGACCGCCCAGGUAAUGAGUCGAGCCACUCGCGAGCCGACGGCCCACCAGCAUUUAGCUCUCGUCGACUGCGUCCACAAUUUCUCUCCGUUGCGGCGUACACCUGCGUUCAUGAUGAUCCGAACACUUGAGAAAUAAAACUUAUAAAAAAUUCAUUAAUACCCUGAGUCCAAAGUAAGGGAAAUAGGCUUGAUGGGCCAAGUCCUUUCCUUCUGAUCGCAUCCUUCUCUGGAUAAAAUUUAUGUUUUUUGGGGAAAAAAAAAACUCCCCUUCAUUAAUUUCCAGAUUCGCCCACUGUAAAAAUAUCUUCUUGCUACGGAAAACAAUUUAAUUCAGACAUUGUCACAUGCCCUCCUUGUGUUUUUACUAAAUGUUUCGUCUUUAAAUUGGCAGCUAUUGAAAGCCACUUAUUUUGCUUCGUGCACAAUGGGGGUAAGAAACUGGUGCUCGGUCUGGAGCCACUUACUAGUUUCGUGGCUACGUGUUUUCUGGGGCCCUUGGCCACAGGUUGUACGGAUGCACCUCUGGUAGAAAAAAAUGAAAAGCAAAACGAGACUUUCGAAAGUGUUCAUUCAACCAUGAACCGAUGAUUACGUACAUUUCCCAGAUAUCUAUGACAAACUGUAACAAUUUGGAACAUUAUGUCUGGGUUACUUGCAAUUUCCAGCCAUACACUAUCCUUAUGUCUAACAUAAGUCAAGAAAUAAUAUAUUCUUGAUUUUUUGCAGCUACUAAUUUAUCUCUUUUUGGUGAAUUUAAGUCAUAGUUUAUUAAUGGUUUCAGUACACUGUAUGAUAAAAAGAAUAUUAUGAGUCUGAAUAAUAAAGGUUUACCAACAACCAUUUAACAUUGUAGAAUUCAAGUUCUCAUUAGUGACUGAACCUAAUCUUAUUUAUUUCUUAUGCAUUAUAAAAAUGGUGCAUUUGUUUAGGUUUAUGCUAGUGCUUUUUUUUAUUGGAAUCAAAUUUCAAAUUGUAUACUGAAUUAUUCAUCAAGAUCAAAUAUUUUUCACAUAAAAUCCAUUGAAACUAGUUUUUUUACACUUUACAGGAGCCCAAGAAAAUUUGUGUGAAAACAGUUUUUAUAUACAUAUAUCCAUAAUACAUAAUAAAAACUGUGUACAAAUUAAAUGUUUUACUUAGCUACAAGUGUUGAAAAUCAAAUGUGCAGUUUGUCAUUUAUUUUGGAUAAAUGUAUGGAAUUGUAACCAAUAGCAUUUUUGUGGACGUAAUUUGUGUAUGUGUACUUUGUAAAAUAUACUGUAUUUUAAAAAAAUCUGUGUCAAUUUUAAAUGUCAGUCUACAUCACAAUUGAUCCAUAAUGUCCAUUGUUGUUAAAAUAAAACUUUAGCAAUUACGUCUUUAAAAUAGUAUAUUUCUUAGCUGGUGGAAAGUAGCUUAAUUUGGUCCAUGUUUUUACAAUUAGAUGUAAAUAAAUAUAUGAACAUACAUAAAAUAUUUUUAUGUGACUAUUUGAGUAGCCAGAUGUAUGUAACUAACAUGUUUGAUUUUACAUGCCAAACAAGUUUGUACUUUUAUUUACGAUCAAUGAAUGAAGACGGUAUGGAAAAAGUAUCAGACUGUUAGAUUUGUAAUUUUAUAUGAGAACACCACUUGUAGCAGAAAAAUUUGAAUGUGUGUGUGUGUGUGUGUGUGUGUGCGUGUAGCUACAAGUUUGUCAUGUCCGAGUGCUUUAAUAGAGAUGUGGACAAAAGAGGGGUGAUUUCCAUAAAAAUAAAAUCAAUGCACACUUACAAAUUAACAGGAAGUAGCCACUUUGCAGUUGUAUGUGUGUUGUCAACACUUAGCUACUGAAAUCUGAAGGAACUGAUUUGAAACUGAUUAAAACUAUAUAAUUUUUUUCUAUGAUCAACCAACCAAAAUCAUAGGUGACGGAUGCAUUCACAAAUCAUCAAGUUCCUUUCAUUCUUGUCUUUACACUUUGUAGUCCAGUCAAAUUAGACAUGAAAAUGGGGGGGUGAACGAUGCAGAACAGUCAUUGCAGGACCAAUAGUGUCAGAUACAUCUUUUCAAAGUUUGGCCAAUUCUUCAAGUUAUUUUUUUUAAAAAAAAGCAAAUUUUCAUUAUUUUCAGUAGAUUUAUGUUCCUGAAGGCCUAGUUUAUUGCUAGAAAAUCCCCUCCCACCCUCUCAGACUCUGUUGGGGUCUCCCGGGACUGACUGCACUAUUGAUACAUUCUUCAGUACCUUAACUCAUGUCUCAAUGAGCACUAGAUAAUUCGGGUAGGCACUGCAGGUGAGAAUUGAACUUAGGUCUAUCAUACAAUCAGUGGUAGAUACAAGAAUAUGUUUAGGGAGGGGGGAGAAUUAAAAAAAUUAAUACUUGAACACAUGUAUGUAUUACUAUUGACACUAAAAAAAAUUGGUUGUCUAUAAAGUCGGUUUACGGACGAUAGUUUAACGUGAUGUCAUAACAAAACAUUAAUGAAAUGAUUGCAUACUUUUAUGAAUAAAAUUUAAUCAUUUUUAUUGAAUUAUCACUAUUUUGUAUGGAUACAAAGAAGGAGUGAAAUGAAAUCUACAAUUUAACUGAUAAAUUUACUUUUAUUUGCACUCAUUAAUUGAAAUAUAUUUAUUACUUUAACGAAGAGAUUAUUUUAACUAUAACUUUCAUACAUGUUUGCUAUUUAACUUCUUCCAAUCUGUGUUAUUCUGUUAAGGAUAGGACGAUGAUAGGAAAAGUAGGAACCGAAUGGGAGUGUUUCAAGUUUAAUGUGCCUCGAAAAAGUCAAAUCGAUGGUUGUUCCAAUCGAGUGGAAGAGAGAUAAAUGUGGCGCAAGCGUACAAUGAGUGUAACGGGACAAUGUGCGUAAUGGGACAAUGAGUCAUCCUUUUUCGUGCAUGCAGCCGGCGUUCAUCGAUUUAUUAGACGUUGUCACGUCAAAAAAUUAAUACUUGAACACAUGUAUUAAAAAAACAUGUACGGUAUUACUAUUGGCACUAAAAAAAACUUGACAUAUGGGCCUACAGAUUAGCUGUAGGCGACGUGGCUUCUCACACAGUCUUCACUGAUAUUUUACAAACUUCUUUCAUAACUUCGGGGGGUGGGGGAUUCCCGUUUUUCCCCUAUGCAUCUGCCGUUGCAUACCUAUGACUUGAACUGGUGUGCACAAUUCCUUCUUUUAUUAUUAAAAAAAAUGAGUGCAUGUACAUACUUAUUGUACACGCAUUAGAAGUUAAACUUACUUGUUGUGAUAAAAAACUAAUUUUGCAUGCAAAUAUAUAUAUAUAUAAAAAUGAAACCCAUUUUCAUUGGUCACGGCAUCACGCGUGAACGGCUGGACCGAUUUCACUAAUUUUUUUUUUUUGUUGUGUUUGCUAUGGUCAGGAGAAGGUUCUUAUGAAAGAAAAAAUUAAGAAAAUUGUGCGGAAAAUUAGAAAAUUUAAGAAUAAUGAAUUCCUAUUUCCCUUGGUCACGCCAUCACGCGUAAAUGACUGAACCGAUUUCACUAAUUCUUUUUUUGUUGUGUUUGUUAUUGUCACGAGAAGGUUCUUAUGAAAGAAAAAAUUUAACGGAAAAUUAGAAAAUUUAAGAAUACUGAACCACCAUAUAUAAAAUUAUUUCCAAACUAACCCAACACUUUGUACAAUAUAAGUAUUUUUAAAGUAACCUUAUGACAUUCAGCUUUAAGCGUUUACAGUUUCCAGUGCGGCUUGCAUUUGCAAUGUCAAUAAAUAAAUCGCAAGGGCAGUCGCUAAGUGUAUGUGGCAUCAACCUAGAAAAUCCAUGUUUUUCACAUGGCCAAUUAUAUGUCGCCUGUUCCCGUGUCGGAAAACCAUCAACAUUAUUUAUUUACGCGCCAGAACAUAAAACUAAAAAUAUAGUUUAUCAAAAAGCAUUAGAGUAGAGAGAAGCAGUGAGGGGUACAGAGACUAUUAGUUGAUUUAUAGAGCGCGCGUGGUAUUGAGCUCAUUGUUUACUUAAAAAUGCCAAGUUGUUCAAUAGCAAUUUGUAAAAACAUUAGUGGAAUUAUUGAAUCCUAUGGAAUAAACACUAUUUUGACAAUAUAUAUUUUGUUUUUUAUUUAAUUAAAUUAGUAAGGUCCUUUUCAGUUAUAGUGAUACCAGGGAAUUAUGGAUUCAUUUUUAUAUGGAGGAUAUUAUAGAUUCCAGUUCAAAUCGAAUAGGUACUCAUACCUAAGAUAGGUCAGCUAUACAAAAUAAAGUAGUGCAUCAUUGCUACGCUAAGGCGGUACGAAGUUCGCCGGGUCAGCUAGUAAUUAAUAUAAAUAAAAUAAUAAAAGGCCUGGAGCGAUAUUAUGAAUACAGUUGGUUAAGUAUAAAUUCAAUCAAAUUAAAAAAAAAUAAAA